CUCAGGGCAGGCCCCGCCCCCUGCGCUGACUGACAGCACUGGUACCCUGGAAGGAGGGGGUGAUGGUUAGAAUGCGGGUGUAUCCACGGCAACCGCGUCACGUGUGAAGUGUGUCGGACUGUCACCGGGCAGAGAGGUGGCGCAGUGUCUCCUCCGCCAUCAUCCUGAUCCCCAGUAUCUGCAGCCCGCACACGCCAUGCUCGCCGCCCGCUGACCCCCGGCUCCUCCCCGGAAUUGCAGCACGGUGAGCUGUGUGUGACCGCGGCCGAGCCGAGCUCCCCGGGCACCGAGCACCAUGGACGCCGUGUCAGAGCUCAUUAACGACACGCUGCGCCUGUACAGCUGGAGCCUGAGCAUCGCAGGUAACCGUGUCCGCCUCCAUCAUACCCUACAACUCCUAUCAUCCGCAGACAAUCCCACCAUACCCUGCUCUGUGCCCACCCCCAGGCUGACUACAACUCCUAUCAUCCUCAGACCAUCCUACCAUACCCUGCUCUGUGCCCACCCAGAGGCUGACUACAACGCCUAGCAUCCUCAGACAAUCCUACCAUACCCUGCUCUGUUCCCACCCCCAGGCUGACUACAACGCCUAGCAUCCUCAGACAAUCCUACCAUACCCUGCUCUGUUCCCACCCCCAGGCUGACUACAACGCCUAGCAUCCUCAGACAAUCCUACCAUACCCUGCUCUGUUCCCACCCCCAGGCUGACUACAACUCCUAUCAUCCUCAGACAAUCCUACCAUACCCUGCUCUGUGCCCACCCCCAGGCUGACUACAACGCUUAGCAUCCUCAAACAUAACCACAAUACACACACACACACACACCAUAUACUGCUCUGUACCAACCCCCAGACUGACUACAACUCAUAUCAUCCUCAGACAUCACCACCAUACACACCAUACCCUGCUCGGUACCAACCCCCAGGCUGACUACAACUCCUAUCAUCCUCAGAUACACCCCCUCUGGACAAGGAUUAUGGGAGUUACAGUUUUAAAAUGCUGGGGUUCCUGAAUGUAUGUGAUUGGGUAACCACAGUGCCUAUGGUAGCUCAAUAGCAUGUUCUUGGCACAGUGUUCAUUACUUCUGUUGGUGGAAGGUUAAUACUAUAAUAUACUUUUUUUUUUUUUUGUAGGGAUGAAAGAUAUUGUUCCUGUAUAAUAAUAGCUUCCAGAUACAUUAUGCUUCCAUGUUACAUUAUUUCUAAAUCUUCUGUAAUAUGUAUUAAUGUGCUUCUCAGCACAGGGCCUCCAUAUGUAUGCUAGUAUGUCCUCCAUAUACAUACAAUCCAUUAAAUUAUUUUUAACACACUUCCUUAAUGCUCAUCUGGCUAAAUUGUGCAGAAGGCUUCCAGAUAGCUGUAAUAUAGCUCAUAAUACAAUGAAUUACCUAAUGGUGGGUCACUAGUGGUAUGAAAUAUGCAUCCAUUCUUUUCUUUGUAAUACACACUGCUCCAAAAUGUUAAGACUGCCUUUUUUUCAGGAAAUGCAAGAUCAGCAGGCAAUUUAUAUUUCCCUAUGGAUUGGACCUAUUAUGACAUGGCAUGAAAUAUAUUACUCCUCACACCUGUCAAGGGUCAUGGCAGAUUCUUAUUGAUCCAUUUGUGGCUUGUUUAUUUGAUUAAAAGUGAUGGUAAUUUGUAGCAAAUCUUAUUGCAAAUCCUGCAAAUAAAUACCAUGCCUUCAAGGUACAAUUACAAAUGUACACCAUUUUGGAAUAUGGAAUUUACUUAUAGGUGAAUCCUGCUUGACAGUGGCUAAACAAAUUAAUAAUUAAGGUUCACUAAGUAAUUGGAGAGACUAGAGGAAAAUAAUACAUGUGUUCUGUAUGCAGCUAAACAUGAUAACUGACAAAUUAUAUUAUAAUUCUAUGGUUUGAUUGUUCUGUAAUAGAGAUUGUUGCUUAUUUUACCUAUCAAAAGUACAACAUUGACCAUGCACCAAAUUCAUUAAAUAAUAUGGCAUGAGUUUUGGAAAAUGAUUCUUGUUAAUUAUAUAACCCAGGGCUUGACAAAUUUGGUUGGAAUCUAGGAGCCAGCUAAAACAGUUAGGAGCCAGUUUUUUUUUUUUUUUUUAAACAAAGCUUAAUUUUCAAUGGCAAAAAUAAAAUUCUUAAAGUGAUACUAUAGUCACUACAGCUUAAUGUGGAGGUUAUAGUGUCUGCAGCCUGCCCCUGCAGGCUUUUCAAUGUAAGCACUGCCUUUUCAUAGAAAAUGCAGUGUUUACAUUGCUGCCUAGUUACACCUCUAGUAGCAGUCACUCAGACACCACUAAAGUGCUUCCUAUCUCAGUGCUGCACAGUGUGCAGCGCCUACAUUUAGCGUCUCCACGCACUGUAUGGAGGCGUGGCACGUUCCACAUAGAGAUGCACUGAUUUAAUGCAGGUCUGAGUAGACGCUGUUUGGUGCAGUAUUUUGCCACGCGUGCAUACUAGCCUCCUAGUGAAGGCCAGCUGCGUCAAGUCCGGCACGGAGUGGGAAAAAAGUGAGUAAAAACACAAUUCCCAUGAGAUUGGAGGGGGGACGGUCACCUAAACACACACUCCCUGACAGACAGACACACAUUCUCUAGCAAGUUAUUUUUUGUUUUAUUUGUUUAUUUCCACACAGCCUCCCACAUUAUAUGUAGCUAGAUAUUGUGCUUUUUUUUUUUUUUAAUAUAUGCAGAUUUACAUGCAUACGAAUAUACCCCCUAAUUUCCUAGUGCCUAACUUUUUACCUGUGCACUAGUACAUAGUGUGUGGGGGUCGCAUAUCCACUAGUUAAUGCCUGCAUCUAUUUAUUGAAUAGGGAGUUGUGGGGAACUGAAAGUGAAAUUUGAAAAUAUAAAUACAAAAUAAACAGGCUAAGAAUAUCUUGCUGAUGAAUGUUUAUUAAACUUUGUGACUUACUUACUAAGCAAAACCUACCUCAGCUAUGGUCAUAGUUUGUCCCCUGGGGCUGUGAUCUCCCUUCUUUGCUCCCUUGCACAGUUUAAUGAUGCCCUAAAGUUACUAAACUACGUGAAGGAGCAGAGCAGGGCAACCCAGGAAUAAGCUCCCUCUCAGCCAUGCUCCAUUCUACACAGCUGGCCGCCGGUCCGCCUCCACUCUCUCCAUGCCGUCCGCCUCCACUCUCUCCAUGCUGGCCGCCGGGCCGCUUCCACACUCUCCAUGCUGGCCGCCGGGCCGCCUCCACACUCUCCAUGCUGGCCGCCGGGCCGCCUCCACACUCUCCAUGCUGGCCGCCGGGCCGCCUCCACACUCUCCCUGCUGGCCGCCGGGCUGCUACCACACUCUCCCUGCUGGCCGCCGGGCUGCCUCCACUCUCCCCCUUCUGGCAGCCGGCCCGCCUCCGCUCUCCCCAUGCCGACCGUCUGCCUCCGAGGCGCCCAGGACACAAUUCUUAGUUGCCAUGGGGACCUGGUGCCUGGGAUUUGUUGAGCCCUGAUAUAACCAGUUUUUAUUAAAUAAUGUAACUGUGAUAAUUUCAUAGCAAUCUGUGUAAUAUUCUACUAGUAUUAAUGGCAAUUGCUGCACACUUUGCACUUUCCCCUCACAAUUAUUCAGUUUUUCAUGGAUUACUAAAUAAUCAAUUUUAAUAAUUGUAUACACAACAUCUUUUUGAUUGUAGUGAUGUUUCUAAAGAUGCUUUAAGCUAAGGUUGCCUUUAUUAUUCUUUGAGUAUUUCCCUGCUGUGUUUAUAAAUAAAGUUAGGACUAGUAUUAUGUUGCAUGUUUAGCUAUUGAUCUAACAUUUACUAUAACAUUUCAUUUUUUACUAUGUCACUUAUUAAUGAUCCUGAUGCAUAUAAAAUCAUAUUUUUCUUUUUAAAAUGUUUAAGGAAGUGUACUUUGACCUUGUAGACAUACCAAGAUUAACAGGGGUUCACUUCAUUGCCCUUGAUUUUGCAAGCUAAAUGCAAUCCUAAUGCAAUUAUGGAAGCUGUAAAAUGUCUUAUCUUGAUACUAAGUUUAUAGUGUACCCAAAAGCUGAGAACAUUGACUCCCUUAUAAUUGCCACCUCCCUUCAAAGCAAACAAAACCUGAAGCUCACAAACAAAUUCAAUGAUGAACAGUCAACUGUGAGGACAUUGCUUUAUUGAUCCAACCUAUUCCAAUUAGUAUUGUAGAAUGUUACAAUAGUGUCUCAAGCAAUAUUCCGCAAAUAAUGUCAGCCAUCACAAUGAUGCAAAUUGCUUGUUUAUAUACAUGUCAGGAUUGUUUAUUUUUUAUAUGUAUGGUAUUAAAGGGGCUACUAUGGAAGUUCAACUUUGUGUUAAUCAUAAACUAUUCUUUCUAUCUAUAAGGAGUGAAAUGUGAUGGUUGAAAUUGUACAUUUGAAAUAAGUGUGUAUUGAUUUUUAUUGAUAUUUAUUCCUGGACAACAGUCAGUGCAUAUGUAGUUAGUCAUAGGGAAAAAACAAGAUUACACCCUGUUUGAAUGCUAUGGUUUUACAUCUUAAUUUUGGCUCACUCUUAUUUACAACAUUGCUUCAGUUAAUUGAGGUUUGCUGGCAUUUGUUUAUGUACAGCUCUCUUAAGGUCCAGCCACAGCAUUUCAAUAGGGUUGAGGUCUGGACUUUGACUGGACCAUUGCAACACCUUGAUUCUUUUCUUUUCAGCCGUUAUGUUGUAGAUUUGCUGGUGUGCUUCGGCUUAUUGUCCUGUUGCAUGACCCGAUUUCUGCCAAGCUUUAGCUGUUAGACAGAUGGCCUCACAUUUGAUUCUAGAAUACUUUUGGUAUAAAGAUGAGUUCAUGGUAGACUAAAUGACUGCAAGGUUCCCAGGUCCUGUGGCUGGAAAGCAAGCCCAAAUCAUCAUCCUUCCACCUCUGUGCUUGACAGUUGGUAUGAGGUGUUUGUGUUGAUAUGUUGUGUUUGACAAACAUCUCCCCUUAGGUCUCGUCUGUCGUAAGUACAUUGUUCCAGAAGUCUUGUGGUUUGUUCAGAUGCACCUUUGCAAACUUGUGCUGCCAUGUUCUUUUCAGAGACAACCCAUGUGCUUUAUCCUGGCAACUCUUCCAAACAAACCAUAUCUCUUCAGUAUUUCUCUAAUUGUACGGUUAAUAUUUAACAUGCUAAUUGAUGCCUGUAGAGUCUGAUAUGUAACUCUUUUAUUUAUUUUUUCUCUGAGCAUUACCUUGGGGUGAAUUUGCUGGGACGUCCACUCCUUGGAAGAUUGGCAACUGUCUUGAAUGAUUUCCACUAUUGGAAAAUCUUUCUCACUGUAGAAUGAUAGUCUUUAACUUGUUUGGAAAUGGCCUUAUAACCCUUCCCAGGUUGAUGGGCAGCAACAAUUUCUUCCCUAAGAUUGCUGCUGAAAUCGUUUCUCCUUGGCAUUGUGUUAACACACACAAAUGCUCCAGACCAGCAAACUGCUAACACUUUGGCUUUUAUAGAGGUGGUUACACUUGCUGAUCAUCAAUGAAUAAAGGGUAUUUGAUUAGCAUCAUCUGCCUGUUACUUAGCCCCCUCUGGAAACAGUAAGGACUUCUCCAUUUUGGCUUUGUUUAUUUUAAAUAACUCAUGACAUGUGUUGUUCAUCUGAGGAUGUAUUUACUUAAUUUUAAGACCUGCUAAGGAACAAUGAUUCUGAUAUGUGAAACCACAGAAUUUAGAAACCAAGAGGGUGUACUUUCUUUUACCCAUGAAUGUAGAUAGCUUUAGUAAUACAAAAAACAUUGCUGUAGUAAUUCGUUUUGGGUGUGCUUUCCUGUAAUUUUACAGUUUUUCAGAGAGUUUAUUAUGUAAGCAUCAAUAUUAUUAGAGGGGAGUAGCUGUUUUAGUGUUUAAUGUGGUGCAUUAAAAUCUGGAUUACUGAACUUCUAUCAAAAGUAUUUUUGGGAUGAAUAAUGUAGUCACAUAAAAUAGGGCAUACAAUUUAUAGUUCUGCAACACAAACUACAGCAAGUACAAGUCCAAAAUAAUUAAACUAUACAAAAAAGCAGUCCAAACCACAAACCUUGAAAUAAUAUAUGAACAAAAAAUGUUUGACUUACUCCAUGCAUUCCAGGUAGGGCGGUUUGGCUCAUUACAUAAAGCACAGUGCUUCAUUUGGGUAGGGUCACAUUUCAAUUAUGAGGAAAUCCCCCUGAAAAAUCUGCUUAAAUAUGAAUUUAUAUUUAUUCCAUUCAUCUUAAAUAUGUGUUACCAGUGAGAGGGAGGAGUACAAGACUACAUGCUUUGGGGUUCUUUUUCAAAGACCACUGAAGGUGACUUGCCUUUGACCUUUUUCUACAGCUAUCUCUAGCAACAGAUUCUAGGAACUGACUUGUCGGAGCUCAAACUUUGUUAAAACCCUACUUUGUCUAAUGAUAACUACUGUUUGUGUUGAAAUUUCCAUGAAAUUCUAAAGCAGUAAAUAAGAGUAUUUCAUAAAGACUUUCUUUAUGGAAUACUCAGAAGUGACAUAGCCACUUUAAAGCACACACAUUUUGUUUGUAUAUAUAUAUAUAUAUAUAUAUAUAUAUAUAUAUAUAUAUAAAUAUCCAAUACUUGCACUCCUGCAGAUAUAAUAAGCGCCCGGUGCUUGUCAGCAAAAAUUAUAACAGUCUAUAGAAAGAUAGCACUCCAGGGACUAGAUAAUAUGGUGGAAAAAAACAUAGCUUUUAUUCAGCAAGAUGCCACAGUGAUCAACGUUUCAUCCUGACGAUAGUUCUGUACUGGAACUGAAAAUGAAAUGAUCACUGUGGCAUCUUGCUGAAUAAAAGCUACGUUUUUUCACCAUAUUAUCUAGUCCCUGGAAUGCUAUCUUUCUAUAGACUGUUUGAUAUAUAUAUAAUAAAAAAUCUCAAUUGGCACAGAUCAAAAAGAAAUAACAAAAUCAUCAAUAUAAAAGUCUUAUAAAAAUAAAUAAAAAAUAACAAGCUCUUGUGUAUUGAAUUGAACAAAGUAUGUCUAUAGUGAGGGCUAUGUUUAGAGAUUCAACACCAAUUAUGGUAAACAAGAUUGAAACGUACGAACAUCAUAAAUAUUUCCUGGAGAAAUAUGCAAAAUGGAAGUGCAUAAAUUAAAUAAGGGAUGUCAUCACUGUGGACUAGUUGAGUAACUGAAAGGACUCCGACAUCAGACAUACCCUUGAUAAGUAUUCCUAAUGUAAUAAAACUUGUUUCAAAACAUUAGCUGUAUUUUUAUUUUAAUAGCCUUCUUUUACAGUGAAAUACCUACUGCACCAUUUAUGUCCAGUAGUACAAAAGUCCUACACUAUUGUUGUGUUUUAUUAUAUAGCUAUAUAGAAAUCAACAUUAUUUUAUAAAACCCUGCACAUUAUUCUCUUGAUCAACCUGUACAUUUUUAUAUUUUGUAAUUUUAUUUCUUGUUAUUUUGGGGGGUGUGUGUGUGUGUGUGUAUGUAUGUAUGUAUGUAUGUAUGUAUGUAUGUAUAUAUAUAUAUAUAUAUAUAUAUAUAUAUAUAUAUAUAUAUACACACAAUUUUUUCCUGCCAGUUUUGAGCAAAUUCUGUUGGGACAAUGAGAUGCUCUUCCAUGUCAGAACCUUGAUCCCUAUUUAUUUCCAAGCUAGAACAUUGUGGACACUGGGCUGUUAUCAUUGUAGGAAGGAGAGGUGCAGGACCAUGGGCUGGGACCUGUUUCUUCACCUUGUGAAUAUCAGCCUCUAGGACAUCUGUCAGAGUCAGUGGCAGUGUCAUUGAGGCUCUGCUGUUGCACCACAACCAUAUCAAUAGGCGCAAUGUUUAGUGUCACAACUGUUUCCAGGAUGCCACGUCAAACUACCCACCCCCACAGUGCCACCAUAGUACCCAGAUAUAUCCCAGAUUUAGCCACCAAACCACCCACCCACCCAAACACCCACAUCUACAACUUUUACACUUAACAACCUGCUAUCGAUCAAAAAUGUGUUAAAUAGGUCUCUUAAAUAUCAGCCCCUUUUGUUAUCCACUAUAUCUUUCACAUGAUGUGCAGUCUCCAUGUAGGGCCAUUCCAUUUACAUUGCAGGAAGGCUAUAGGAGUGAUGAGUUGGAUUUUUAUAGUAAUGUAACACCUCUGAGCUGCAGACCUGGUGGUGUUGGAGUCAAGGUAAAUGAUGCCUAGAUUUCUAAACUUUACAUUGAAUGCAUUAUUUAUUUCUAUCAUAAAUUAUGUAUUCAAUGCCUAUGGCGCGAAUUUUAGUUAAAGUAAGCCAGUCAAGACGGUCUAUUUUAACAAAAAAGGCAGCACUUACAUAGGAAAGUGUCUGCAAGACUCUUUUAGGCCAGGAAAAUGCUCCACUAUUAGUAGCCUUUCAUGCUGAUCUAUUUUUAUAUCUUCUUAUCCGACACACCUUUUCUCGACUGUGUUUAUAGGAUAUGUACGGUAGUUUAGCUUGCAGCUGCAGUUCUACUCUCUCUAUAUGAGAUACUGUGGCUGCUUUAUGUUUAUUCACUGUCACAGCUAUUUGAUGUUCUGAAGACAUCUGAAGGAUAGCAUAAAGAAAUUAAAUUCUAAAAUUCUUCCUUCAAUGUCACAGAUCCAUGAAGCAGUCUUAUAGUUGCAGCAUCGUAAACUCAACUAUAAAUUAGAAGGCGAACUGUUUUGUCGUAUGUUGCUCUUGUGCUUAGUGGAGAAUAUCAGAAAGCUACUAUUAAAAACUACUUAACAUAUUUAAAGGGUUACUCAAAGCACAAUGGCCAUGUAAGUGAUUUGAAGUGGCCAUGGUACCUGGAGUCUGUUUGUGCCAAAUUUCACUUCGAACUGCUGCACAUAUAUAGUUGAACCCCACUCAUUCUGGAGGUGUAACUCCACCUCCAUCAGCCUCAUAGGGGCGUCAUUGUUGGCCUCGAAUAAGUCAAGCCAGCACGUUCUCAGCCAAGGAAUGGCUGGUGGGAUCGACUUCCUUCUUUUGCAGAUCUGCAGUAGACUAAUGCCACCACUGGCCAAUGGAGGGUCCUCAGCACCCACCAGGGACCCAGAAAAAAAGCUCAAACCAUUGCAAAAUGGUUUGUCCUAUUACAGAGAAAUGGGACCAGGUUAUUCCUGAUAUCAUAACCACAACAAUGGGCUGUAGUGGUUAUCCUUGGAGUAACCCUUUAAAGACUGUCAAUUCCAGGAGUUGUAAUAUUUAUUAUAAUAAACAAAUUUGUAUUUGUGAAUUGGGAAAAAUAAAAUUAGCCACCCAAUUAAGCCCCCACCUAAUGCCUGACGCUAGUUUUUUAGUCAUUGGUUGCUUGCUGUUUAGUGGUCAUACCCCCACUUGCUGCAUGGCAAAUGCAGGCAUGGGGGAGAUAUAUAACCUCUCUUAUACUAAUGUGGAAGUCGUAUUGACCCCCUUAGACUUUUAAAUUUUUUUUAUUUAUAUAUAUAUAUAUAUAUAUAUAUAUUUACCAAAUAGCUGCUAGUGCUGCCAGCAGGCAAAUAGUAAAAAUGAAAAAAUGCAAAACUUAUCAACCAUUUUAAGCUGUCAAAUUGUCAAAGAUUAUAUUUUCUAUGUAAAUUAUAGACAUUGGACUAAAUUUUUCUGCUCCCGAAUACCAUUUAACUGCGCUAAUUAAAUUGUUUAGAACUAUUAAAUGCUUAUAGGAAAUAGAUAAACUGCCAAUACUUGUGAUCUUCAGAUAUGUAAUCGAGGCCUAUAUAUGUGUAUAUGUGUGUACACACAACCAGCGGCUAUAUCUUCCCUAGACAAGCUGGUCUCAGUGGGCAAACCUCGCCCCUUCUGCCUAUGCCAUACCUGUAGUUAAUGUAUUCCUAUGCCUACAAUGUCCAAAUUAACUUUUGGCAUACAGGUCAAGUGAAUAAGCUUUCUUCACCAACAGGUUCUAAGAAAUUGUUAAAAAGAUUAGAGGCACUUACAGCACACAAGCUCAGUGGUAAAUCCUCUUUCUUGACAGGCCUAAGACACUGUUAUGGAGAUUCCCCCAUUAAGUAAAACCAGAUACUCAUUUAAAGAAUUGAUUGAUAACAAUGAACCUUUAACAUCUUAUCCUUAAAUAUGUGGUGAUAAAUAUUUGUUUAAAAACGACAUAGUAUUGAAGAACAGACAGUCAUAAUUAUAUACUGAAAUGUAACACUUUCCAACAUGUCAAAAGAUAAGCAAAUUAACACAUGUAUAUUCUUAUUUGUGUGCAUUCAUUUUAUACAGCCCGAAGAAUCAGGGCGGGGCCCUAAAGGGGUAUUGCAGGCUGUGUUGUUAGUGACCCCCAUAAAGGUUUACAAACAACACCCACUGGCUGGCCCCCAGUUUGCAGGUCCAAGCAGCGAAAGCUGAUAUAGUGCUCCCUUCAUGGCCCUAGUGCCCUCCAUGCAGAGCUGGCAUGUCUGAUUCGCUCACGUUGUUUUGCCUGGGUGCAGUUCUCUGGUGUCCCUGGAUCCGGAACACCAGGGAACUAAAUCGGGUUGGCGGGACAGGACCCUGACAUGUAAGAAGGCCUUAUUAGCCCAACCGAGACAGUUGGGAGAGUGUGGAAGUGAAAGGGUUAAUAACACCAGACCCCUGAUUACCUGUUGCUAGUCCCAGCAACCACUAAAUUAACCCCUGCAAUCCCUUCUACACUAACACCCUAGUACACACUUUACUACCACCACCAAGACUUUAUACCCUAGCGUCUUAGGUUAAACACAGUGGAAUUAUAGUAUCACAACCUUACUUUACUGAUCAGACAUCUAUAAUUAACCCUUUUGGUAACCUGUUUCCCUGAGCUUUCUUCAUAACACCCAUUGUACAGCGCUACGGAGUCUGAUGGCGCUAUAUAAAUAAUAAAAUAAUAAUAAUAAAAGAGUGAGCUCAUCGAGAACAAAUGGAUAUUAAAAAAGAAGGAAUAUGUGUUAAUAGAUUUUCUCUUUUCUCUCCUCAGUAUAUAUUGAAAAUUUCCACUUAAGACCGUAAUAUGCUUUCUGUUUGCUUUUAGUUUCAAAGGUUUUAUUUAAAUAUGGAUUUUAUAGAGAUGGUAAUGCCACUAGAAUAUAGUGGGAUAUAGGAAUGUAUUUAUUUGUUUCACUUCUUGCCCCACUUGGACGCUUGGGAAUCCAUAUUUAAGUUGGGCAAACACUCGUACUACGAAAGGUCCUGCCCCUAGUAUAUACGUCACGACGUAAGUACGGAGAUAACGUUGUGACGUCAUACGCAAGGGACGAUAAAAUUAAGAAUGCGGCCAGACACACCUAUAGUGUGUCCAAUAAAGUGUUUUUUGUCAUUACUUCUGCAUCCUGGAGUAUUUGAAGCAACAGAAACCAAGGACCACAAAAGGGAUGUAGCCUGGAGUUUGAUUAUUACAUACGUUGAGCUGACAUGCUUCUAGUCUGAGCCAGCUUUUUUAAAGUGGCUCAUGACCAUGUGAGUGUAACCAUUUGCAGUUCUUAUCAAAUUUAGCUGCUACGUUAUUACCCUAUGUUUUCAUUUUUUCUUGUUUUUAGAUUUACAAGAGUGGUUGAAACAUUUCUAUGUGCAAUAAGGGUAAUGUGUUUAUAUUGUAUGUAUUAGUGUGCUCUCACCAUUCACAUUUUUCGUAUCAUCGAGAACAAAGACACAAACUGAUUAAGUAAACAUUUAAUCUGACAAAGAUUUACAAUGCUGUGUACAAAAAUACAGAAAUAAAUGACAUACAGAAACACAGAUAACAAAUUGCAAAACCGCCCAUAAAAUAAAAUAGGAGAAAACACAAGAAAUUCUUACAUAUAUUUACCCCUUAUAUAUAAUUCUUGUGGGAGAUUCAGAUGUUACAGGUCUCCAAGUAGUUGUUGGGGGGGGGGAUAAUCCAACAUCCUCAUUAUAUAUCUCAAACUAGUUUUUUCUAAGUGGCCAGACCCCUGGGUUUCGCCUGGCAGUUUAUUGCCCACUACAUAUUUUCUUAAAUGAUGUUGUCCUUUGAAUAACCCAAAGUCAGAGCAUAUGCACCAAUACCUUUUACGAUGCCCUAUGUCCAGCUCUGGUGAUAGUUAUUAAGUAGUUUUAUGGCUUAGGCCUGGUGUUUGAUCAAACCCUAGAAUAAAUCCCAACAUGUACAAAAACAACUCAUAAAGUAUAUCAAAUGCCAACUCAUGCUUUGGCAUGACAUAGACAUUUUGCAAACAGGCACAUUUCUGGUUGACCAAUAGGACUGCAUGCAGUUAAGUGUCUUAUUGAAACAGCAAUUGUUAAGAAUACUUUAUACUUCAAAACUAAUUUUUUUUUUUUUUUUUUUUUAUGUUUUGGAUUUUGAGGUUUUGCUCAUAAACAAGAUAUAUGUGCAUCUUGUGAACACAGUUGUUUUUGUUUGGUUUUUUUCUGGUUGUUUUUUUCCCCCUCAGAUUUCAAUACAAUUAAUUUACAGUAAUUUGUAGACUGCAAACAUAUUCCACUGCACUGUACAAUAAACAUAAGACUCAUAAUUGUAACAAAACACAACUGACAUAUGAGAACAGGACCCUUCCAAACAAGUUAACAUUUUUAUUUUGAGGUAUUUUACACCCCAUCAUCAUCUGGCCAAACUAUUAUUAUUAUUAUUAGUGUUUAUAUAGCGCUAAUUUAUUCCACAGUGAUCAGUAGUAUAGCCUUUUAUCUAACUCUCUUAAAGAAACUAUUUUUGUUCCAUCUUAGUCGCAGUCACCCUGGUAUAACGUAACAGUAUCACUGUCAGAUCACCUCUCAGCUGUGUCCAGCAUCCGGAGGAGAGAUAUAUUUAAGGCAGGAUUCCCAUUCAUAAUGUCUGUACAAGUUAUUUAUACAGUGCUGCAUGUCACUGGCAUCUGUUAGUCAGUUAAAGUACAUAGUCUGUCUGUGUGUGUGUGGGAGGGGGGAGAGAUUAAACUCUUGUCAUAAAUGGCUAAGCUUGAAUUGACCUUCACAACAUUGAGCAGAUUGUAUUGUUAGAAGCCUUUUGGUUUAAGUUGUUCUCUAUGAAUGUAAUGUGUUAUUUUGCUUACUAUAUUGUAGUAAGGUAACUUUAGAUUUGUGCAAGGAAGGAUUUGCGUGUUUGUCGUUAAAAACGGACACUCUGACACUUGCCAGUGGUCCUGCAGACCUUAGAACCAGUAUAAGCUAGACUAUAGUAGCGUUUGUUUUAUUUUGUUGUCAUCUCAUUCACCCCACCCAGCUAUAGACUGUGAACUAUGUUAUUGUACAGGUUUGCUAUAUCAUUGUUUGUUUAUUUCUUUGCGUUUGCUCCCAUAUUGAUACAGCUCAUAGACUACCUUGAAAUAGCUUCAUCUUCAGAAUAAUUGCAUAUAAAACCUAUUUGAAUAGGUGAAGAUGUCUUAUUGUGACUGUCAAAUACAAGAAAUUAAAGUGACACUAUAGUCACCAGAACAACUACUAUACAAUGCGGUCGCACAACUCUGAGUUCUGUGUAUAGCCCAGCGAAAUUCUAAAUUUUGGGGAGGAAUUCAAGCACUUACCUCACCAUACAAUACCCUCCCUGGCUUGGAGGCACGCAUGGGUCGGAAAACUAAAAAGCCCAAGGCCGACACCAACCGCGAUAUAAGUGAUCUUCUGCGGAACUCGCAGAGGGCCUUAUGGGAGAAAAUGGCACUGGGGGACGACGGCUCAUCUGUUUCCUUGGAGGGUACCUCUUUUGAUCCCAGAGAAGGGACUUUUCUGAGCCCGACACCUGACCCCAAGACCAAGAAGCAGGCGAACCAGUUACAGUGGAUCUACUUAAAAGCAUGCUUGCCAAACUCCGAUAUAACCUAAACGCUGACAUGGCCUACUUUAAAGACACCAUAGAAGGCGCCACCACCAGGCUCAAGCUCUUAGAAGCCUCAACAAACACACAAGAUUCCCGACUCACUGCUGGAAAAGAAGUUGGCGGACCUCCAACAACAACAGCGUGUUACAGCUGAGAAGGAUGAAGCAAUGUAAUAUGAGAUGCAGAUACAAUGUAAAAAUCCGAGUGGUCCCCGAGGCUAUAGGCCUCGCUCACCUACCACACGUUGUCCAGCGCCUCCUCGCUACCCAACUGCCACCCAACUUGGCAAAGAUAAUAAAACUGGAUGGCAUGUUUUGGCUGCCAAAUCCAGCAAGAGCAACCACUACAGCCACCACUCAUCUAAUCCUGAGAUUUCAAUCCCUCCUGAUGACGGCUACUCAGGGGAAGACCCCAUUUAAAUUUGAAGGUGCGGAAUAGCCUCGUGUGAUGGAUUAGCUGUAGCCACUCCUGUAACACCUCUGCUCCAACAAUAUCCCUUAUCGCUGGGGAACACCUAAGCUCCUACUGUUCCCGCAUUAAGGGAUUGCUUAUCGGGCUCGAGCCUGCAUGAGUUGGACUCCCACAUGCAGAAGCUGGGCCUACAAGAACCACGGCAGACAAACAGACCAAGCCCGUCUUAGCUGAUUCCCUCUACUGUAGUGGAGUUUACUCACAAGAUGACUCUGCAUAUCCCUUGAGGAACGGAUACCACCUGAUGACCCACGGUCGGCGGAGAAGAGAUCCAUGCCCACCCCAAGGGUGCUCCAGUUACCACCACCACGAUUUAUUACGCAUUUAAUGUUGUAUAGCGACUGUUCUGUUUUAUCUUUGUGUUAUUUUUUUGUUGAUUCUAUGUGCCUAGGUCAUAUGCCUAUAAUUAUAUGAAAGCCGCAUGGCUACUUACGUGGAACACAUGCCAUAUGACCUACCCACACACGAAAAGUUAUUUGAAGCAGUGCUACACAAGAUGUUUACCCCCUUCCCCCCUCUCCAGAUUUAGCUUAGAACCACAUUUGACUACAAUCCUAUAUCUCUGGAUGGAGGUGUACAUUGGGUACUUUAACCUACCCAUAUUGCUUACUCAGUCGGGUCUACACAGUGUCCCUGAGAAAUGACGUUAUGUUUUUACUUACCUGAUGCUUUAACCUGUUAUUUAUUGUUAUGUUUCUUUAUCCUCAGAUAAACGUGUUGAAAAAUGGCCAAUGAUGCAAUCUCCGUUACCGACCCUGGCUAUAAGUACACUUUACCUGCUCAUUGUAUGGUUGGGUCCAAAAUUUAUGAAGAACAGAGAACCUUUCCAGUUACGCUACUUAUUGAUUGUCUACAACUUUGGGAUGGUUAUCUUGAAUUUCUUCAUUUUCAAAGAGGUUAGAAUUGGCAUUUCACAUUUAGCAAAGAAACUGUUGGCGCACAUGUAUUGCAACACAUUUUAUUUUCAAGGCAUAUUUAGUGUGAGAUCAAAAUAAGCGUGUAGCUUUUGGCUUUUGUGACCGCUUCUAGGUUACUCUUCUUAUCAUUUAUCCUAUCAUGCUUUUUACCAUGUAUGUAUUGCUUUUUAACCUUUAUGACUGUUUACCUGUCUUUUACCUUCAUUUUCUCUACUGAUUUCCUGUCAUCUUUUGUUGUCUACAUCACUUCUCAGUUUACAGGCAUUCAUAUUAAUGCCAUGAGCUUGCAAGCACCAGCAUCACUUUAGAGUGCAUCGGCCCAUGCAGCAGUAACGCAUGCACAUUCAGAAUGUAGAUUCAUCUCUGUUGCAUAGGCAAUAAUUUGGUGCCCUACGCAGCUCCCUUCCCCAAAUCUAGCCAAUAAAUACCACUAGUGAAAUCCAGGGCAGUGUUCAGAUAUUUCUAAGUGUACCGGAAGUCCAUAUUGCUUAAAGCUUAUAUACAAACAUAGGCUGUGACGGCAGAUAAGAACCAUUCAGCCCAUCUAGUCUGCCCAAUUAGCUAAAUACUUUCAUUAGUCCCUUAUCUUAUAGCUAGGAUAGCCUUAUGCCUAUCCCACGCAUGCUUAAACUCCUUUACUGUGUUAACAUCUACCACUUCAGCUGGAAUGCUAUUCCAUGCAUCCACUACCCUCUCAGUAAAGUAAUACCUCCUGAUAUUAUUUUUAAACCUUUGUCCCUCUAAUUUAAGACUAUGUCCUCUUGUUGUGGUAGUUUUUCUUCUUUUAAAUAUAGUCUCCUCCUUUACUGUGUUGAUUCCCUUUAUGUAUUUAAAUGUUUCUAUCAUAUCCCCCUGUCUCGUCUUUCCUCCAAACUAUACAUGUUAAGAUCCUUUAACCUUUCCUGGUAAGUUUACUCAACCAGUUGUAUGUAGAAGUUAUUUUUAUUGUGUGCCCAAAGUAUUUGUGUUGUAUUCUUCGGGACUUUAUGCUGAGUAACACGUCUGAUCAGCAUAUAUACAGACAAAACAAUUACAAAACUCUGCUGCUCUCAGAUUCCCCUUCACUAUUAAGUGAACUAGAGUUGUGCUCUAAUUCCAUAAAAUGGAAUGUCUAGUUUUACUAUCUUGUACCAUUUUAUAUCAAUGCAUUGCCUAUUAUUCAUGUUUUCAGCGGUCAUUCAAAAAUGUAAAUCCUUAAUAGUAUAAUGAAGUAUCCCUUGUGAUUACAAUAACCUUUUUGUACAAAUUGUGUCAAGUCUUUGAACCAUGACAAAUAAAGCCAUCCUAUUUUGUAGGCAUUGUUUUGGCAAGUGAUUUCCAAACAGUCCUCAAGGCACCCCUACCAGUUCAGGAUUUAGGGAUUACCUAGUUGUGUCUAAGGUGCUGUUGUUUUUUUUUUUUUUUUUUUAAAUUGGUAAAAAAAAGUAAGUAACAAAUACAUGUAUUUUCCUGUCAACUCAUUCUUAAAUUUCAAAAAGGAUACAUAUUUUUUGAUCCUUGUAUAACAGACACUAACCCGAGUUACAGAUUACAGAAUGUUUUUAUGCCCUGACUGGUUUCAGUAGCCACCACUGCAUCCUUUUUUACUAGGCUUCCUCUCCUCGUUACAACUGAAGUAGAGUAUCCCUCACUAUAGUGUUAUUGAGAGAUGCACACACCACCUGCCUGAUCAAUAAACAUUCCAAAGUGGGUAACGUGUAAGAGAUUUAUCAGUGUCAUAAUAAAAAAGUGGUGCAAAGUUCUAAAAUCUGUGCAUGGAAACCAGUAGAUUGUAGAACAUACAUUCCAUUCCAUUAGAAAUAUAUAAUUCCAACACAUUUGCCAUAAAUGCAUCUGACAUGUUUAUCCUUUUCUUACAGCUCUUCCUGGGUGCAAAAGCUGCAGGAUAUAGUUAUAUUUGUCAGACGGUAGAUUAUUCUGAUGAUGUUAAUGAAGUCAGAGUAAGUAAAAGUAUUCAUUUUUAUUGGUAACCAUGUUCUGUUUGUCAUAUGCCAUUAUAUGUAAACAUAUUUCAUUUAAAAAUCUGUUUUCUGUAUCGGUUUUCUUCCUAAAGCCAAGAAGUCAUCACACAAAGAUUAAAUAUUUACUUUACACACACACACACACAUGCAUUUUCCAGCAAUAUAAACACUUUUGUUUUUAGCAAUAAAUGGUGAAAUAGUUUAAAUUAAUAGGAAUGUGUUCAUGCUAACCCAAAAUAAUUGAAGUUCUGUAUGCUAAACAACUUCAUGAUUAUUCUUUGUUAUAUCAUAUUUAGCUGUACAGCUUAGCCUACAAUUGUUAAAAACACAAUUACACUGACUCUGCUUUCAUUGGUUAAGGGCAUUCAUAGACAUAUCAUUAACUUGAACAUUUUAACCACCUGUGCACUGCUGUGAUAGCAGCCAGAUAUCACUGUAAGGAACCACAAGCUCAUACCCUGAUUUGUCAUAUGACAACCACAGGGCAUGUCUUCCUGAAGCCUGCCCGUUGUUGGCUUGCUGUAACGUCAUUUUCUUGUACUGUCCAGGAACUCCUACAGCUGUGACCGCAAAAAAGAUGGACACCAAACAAAAAAAACACACAAGCACAUGUCCUUAGAGCAAAUUAGGGAGGGAAGGAGGGCAGUUAAGCAAAGCGGGAGUGCCUCUACCAUGCUGCCUGGCUGGAAAGAGGCAAGACCCUCCUCAAACCUUACUUUUAUACUAUGCAACGUCCAUUUACAAGCAUUACAUUUCUGCUGCAAAUUGAAUUCAUUUCACACCAUUACAUCUCAGUGUAGGCAAGCAAACAUGAACCUUUUCCUUAUUGGUCCAGGGGCUUUCCUUAAUUCACAUUUUAAUGUGUGCAAUACUCUCACGGAUUGUGUAACCAAACCCAUAAAAUUGUGUUUUAAAUUGCUAAUUACAUAUAAUUUUUUUUUUAUCCUGCUUCCUACAGGUGGCGUCUGCACUUUGGUGGUACUAUGUUUCUAAAGGGGUGGAAUACUUUGACACUGUAUUUUUCAUACUGAGAAAAAAGUUCAACCACAUAAGUUUUCUGCAUGUGUAUCAUCACUGUACAAUGUUCACCUUGUGGUGGAUUGGAAUUAAGUGGGUCGCAGGAGGACAAUGUAUGUAUCAAUGGUGACAUUCUUCAACAUAAUUUAUUUAGAUUUUUGUCUUUUACAAAUAUAUAUGGCUAAAUGAAUAAUUUAUGUGUAUAGUUAUCAAUUCUGUAAUACGUAUACUUAACCAUUCAUCUUUGUAAGCUGUUCAUAACUAUAACUAUGGGAGAGAGCUGAGGUUUAAUAUGUCAUCUGCCCAUACUAUUUACAGGUAAGGGUUAUAACCCAGGAAUGUACUGUAAGAAAUAUGAUUAAAUCGUAACGCAUUUGUUAAACAAAGCAUUAUAUUAAGGCCCAUUUUGAUAUCUUUUUUUUUUUUUUGUCCAGCCUUUUUCGGUGCACAUAUGAAUGCUUUGAUCCAUGUUGUGAUGUACCUUUAUUAUGGAUUGGCUGCAUGUGGACCGCAUCUCCAGAAGUAUCUGUGGUGGAAACGCUAUUUAACAAUAUUGCAAUUGGUAAUUUAGUUUUUUAUAUUUUUUUUGUGGCUUGAUGUCCUCAAUAUGAAAUCCCUACUAACAUUUUAAAGUGGGCAUUUGAUCCCGUAGUAUUAUAGUUAUUUUUUAAGUAUUGUUAUUUUAUACAAUUAAAACCCUUAGUGUAGAGCUGAAUGGAUCAAAUGUGUUUAUAAAAUCAGUUUAUGUGUGUAAAAUGUGCAGAAGUCAAUAUGUGUGAGUGUGUGCAUAAUGUGAGGGAAUUUGUAUUGUGCUGUCCGUUUACUAGAUGGGAAGGAUUGCUUUCUGAAUUUUGUGUAUGUUGCAGUUAGUAAAGGUCCCCUUUAUACAUUUACGUUGUACUUUUAAUCUAUGAUAUGUAAUAUCAAUGCUGUAGGUUGAUUCACAUGGUUAUCCUUUUGUAUCCAUUCUAUUUCAGGUGCAGUUCCAUGUGACGAUUGGCCACACAGCUCUGUCUCUUUACAUUGAUUGCCCCUUUCCCAAAUGGAUGCAUUGGGCAUUGAUUGUAUAUGCCAUUACCUUCAUUUUUCUUUUUGCUAAUUUCUACUAUCGGACUUACAAAACACCCAAAGGAUUUGCAAGAAGUGGAAAGCAUGCCAUGAAUGGGAAACAGUCUAUGAAUGGAGCAGUCACUAAUGGUACAAUAAGCAAGCCUGAGAACACAGUGAGCAUGGAAAAUGGACGGAAAAAGAGAAAGGGCAAAGCAAAGCGAGAAUAAUUAACCCCAAGCCUUAAACUGUCUACAGCGUAGUGAAGCCUCAACCAUACGUUGAGACACACAUCUCUAGAUAACUAGAGCUAUUAAGAGUAUAACUGAUUUUCAUUAGGUUUGUCAGGAUUAAAACAUCCUUAGGGAAAAAACUCUUUCCUUACAUAUACACUACAUAGUUAGGAAAUCUUUUAAUGUCAUCUUGCCAGCCACUGUACUCGUAAAGCACUAUUUUUAAACCACUUCUCUGUAGGGAGAAAUAAUGUUGAAGUGAAAUCCCAGUGGGUGUGUGAGUAGAAGGGAGUUCUAGUGAAUAAUUUGUUGAGGAAGCAUAAAUGAUUCUGUAACCCGUAAUUCAGGCGAUUAAAGGGGAGGUAAGAAUCACAGACAGAGAUGUUAAUAUAGGAAUAAUUUUAUUGUCCAAAUAGUUAAGCAUGUCAAAAUAUUGUGGCACCAUCUCCUUGUUUUGUUGUAAUGAAAGAUGCAAUUAUGUUUAAUUGCCGUAAGAAUAAGCAAGCACAGCAGAGGGGUUCGUUUUCACUGGCUACUAGAUCAUAAGGCAAGCAUUAAACAAACCUUAUUUUGCUUAUCAUCAUAAAAUGGAGGAUCAUUUAACCCUUGAGUGCCUAAUGAUUUUCAGUACAUUUUGCUAUCUUUGAAAUAUUUGAAUGUUAUGCUUUAUAUUUAUGGAUAUAAAAAAAGCAGAUGAGAUAUUUAAAUUACAUCGCCUGGGGGAGAUCUUCAUCAUGCAUUUUGAAACUAGAAGAGCCAUGUGCGAGCUUUCCCAUAGUAGGCUUUGGCUUGAAAUAGCAAACACAAUUCAUUUAGGAGUAACCAAACUAGCAAAAGCAAAUCACGCUGUUAUCAUGGAAAUAUAAAUUAUUUUUACAAUUAAGUAGUUAAGCAUGAAUGAUAUGUCAUGCCUUUGUCACAGCCUGGCCCCUAAAGGCCCUCUGCCAGUGUGGAAUUUCCUGCUUAUUUUGCAUUUCCUGGUCCAUUAUUAUUAACAUUUAUAUAGUGCAAACAUAUCCACAGCGCUAUAAAAUGAUAGAAUGGGGAGAUUUGACAAGAAGUGUUUGACGUACAAAAUUUACUGGAGCUAAGAGGUGAUUGUAAGCUCAUGGGCUGUCUGUCUAAGCACUUUGAAUAAAAGAGCUUCAAUGGCUAGAUCUUAGCUCACGGGCAGGGCCCUCUCUACCUCUUGUAUUGGUCUAUGCAGAUUGUAUGUUCUACCCUAAUUGUACAGUGCUGCGGAAUAUGCUGUCGCUUUAUAAUUGUUAGUAAUAAAUAAAUAAAUAUGACGGCCUUUUUCAAACAAGCAAACACUGGCUUCCUAUGACAGAAUUAUUCUGCUUUUGGUACUUUAGGGGUUAAACAGCCUGGAUUUGUUUUUUGUUUUGUUUUUCAUUUAUAUGUAUUAACACGGUCAAUCUAUUUCAGUUGAUGGGCAUUUUUGAAACAUGCAGUAUCUUCCACAUGGAGAUGUACUAUGUAUUUUAAGGUGUAAUUGUCAUGCAAAAAUUAGAUGGUAUCACUUUAUAGACCAGAAUAUUUUCUUUACCUCAUACUAGUCAAAUGAAUGGCAAGUGUACAGAUAUAUUUGCAUUGAUCUAUUUUACUUUUUAGAAAUUCACUUCUAAGCCCUUGACAUAGAGCUAUAAAGUACAAAUAUGGCUAACAGAGGGGAUGGAUAUGCAUCAGUUUCUUCCCUCAGGCUUAAAUACAUCCGAGUUUGCUUUGUGGGAUGCUGCAGGCAUACAGGUGUGAAGUUGCAUUAAUAGUGAUAGUCAUUAUGGGAGGGGUGGCAGGAGCAUGCUUCAGUUAAAUUGAUAAUUUAGGCUAUACUUUUUAUUACAUUGUGAUGCCUAUCUGAAGCUAACAUUACCAUCCAGAUUUUUAGCAGAUGACAGUUCCUCUCUUAAAUAUAAAUAUGAACAGUAUUUAAGUAAAUAAAACUGUUUAAUCAGUAGUAUGUUUUCUGCUUAAAUGAUUUAAUAUCGCAUUAUUUUAGUGCCUCGAAGUAUCCAACAAUUUAACCCCUCCAUCACAUGUGGUUGGAUAAAAUCCCCUAAUAUCCAGUCUUGGCAUGUCAUUUGCCGUGCCGUGAAGAUUUUACAAUGAAUAUAUAGCAUAGAAAUGUUUACAACGUUGGCGUUGUAAAAGUAAAUUGUCAUUUGUAAAAUGUGGCUGUUACUUUAAGCACCAUAAAUGUAGAAUACAAAAAUAUUUUCUUUUUUUAUUAUUAUUUUGGUGUGUUAUUUAGUAUUGUAAUUUUUGUGUGCUUUUUUUUAUGUGUUUUUGUUUAAGUAAUAUGUCUGAAAAGCACAGGAUGUUAACAGAAACCAUAUAGAUAGAAUAUUGAAUUGUUCUAUUAGCCCAAUUGAACAAUACAUAAUAUGUGCUAUGUUUUUUGUUUUUGUGUGUACACAUCUCAUUAGCUGCUUGUCCAGAGUGGCGAAUAACAAAUGAAACACCUUUUUUUUUUUUUUACACUUAACACUAACAAAGGAAUUCUACAUUUAAUGAAAUGUUAUUUAUUUACUUAUGUAUUUAUUUUGUUUGUGAGAUUUGUGAUAAGAACUAAGUAUCGGAGUAUGUCAUGUCCCUGUGUCUGAUACUGCUUAUGCUCUGUAGUAAUCUGUUUAUGUUUAUACAUGUGUCAUACUUGAAUGUUAAGGUGGUGAUAUUACAGCUCCCUCUGGCAUGCAUGGGGCCAAAAGGAUACACUAGAGCUCAUACCUGUCCUAGAGCAAUCUUAGACUAGCAAACAAACAUUUGAGCCAUAUGAAUCCAUUUUUACUUCACCUUCCUGAAUAAGGUUGUUUUGAAGUGGGGGAAAAUGUAAACUGAAAGCUAUUGUUUCAAUAAAAUAUUAUAAUGGUCA